CUGUCCUCCUCCCGAGCUGGUUAUUCACACACCUCCUGCAGGAGGUGGUCCACCGAGGAGGCGUUUGCCAUAUCGUGUUGUACGCAUACAACUUGGCUCUACUAAGCCCAUAGAUCUACCUAUAUAAAGUAGCCGGGGCGAGACGCGGGUUCAGACGCCUUACCACGCUCGUUCCACGCAUCGAGCGUGAUACAACGGGUCGCCUCCGUAGAUUGAAACUUAUCUAGAGUAUUCAGUUCGUCCGGUUCUGAUAACGUUCGGUUCAAAAACAAAUAGAGCAAGAUGAGAGCGGUUUUAGCAUUACUGAUGAUCUACGCUCUAGGUAUAUGUUUUGCCAAUCCUAUUGAGAAGCUUGACAAAAUCAGCGUUAUCGAGCAGCAGUCUAUAACAAUGACAGAUCGAGCGAAAUACGAGGAGGAGCUGCUUCGAAAAUUGAACAAUAAGUGUUCGCAAAACGAUAUUAGCAGCUGCGUUAUGUUGAAGCUUGUGACGUAUAUGAACAAGCUAUUGAAAAAAGCUUCCAUUGAGUUAACCGAUGACAUUGAAAUCAGAAAGACUAGCCAAGCUACGGAGGAGGUUAUUACAUACGAAGCAGGCAGAAGUACGGACGACGAAACGGAAGUACUUAAUCUUGUGGCUAACAAAGUCUACGCUUUCGUCAAAUCCAGAAGCAUCAAGUGGAGAAUCCUUCCAGAAGAUAAUGUCGUCGUGUCUGCUUCUGAGGACAAAAAUGGAUCUCUCAAUCUUGGCCUUUCUAUCGAACGCGCGGACAAUGCACCAGUUCAAGACGGUCGUGGUAAAAAAAAUAACAACAUGGGUCCAUUAAUGGCAGCAGCUGUAUUGAAGAUCGGUGUGAUCGCUGGUUUGGCCUUUAAGGCUUUGGCAUUGUUGGUCGGUAAAGCUCUUUUGCUUUCGAAGAUAGCUUUACUCUUGGCCAGUAUUAUUGGCCUGAAAAAGCUCUUUUCGCAACAGAAGCACGUGACGUACGAAGUUGUCGCUCAUCCACAUCACUCCUCGAGUCAUACCUACAGUUCCGAUCAUGGACACGGUGAUAGCUACUCAAGUGGAUGGGCAAGAAAUUUCCAUGGGCAGUCACCGAUUUCUGGGCAAGGAGACGCUCACGAGUUGGUCUACUCCGCUCACAUCUAAUAAAAAAAAUGAGACAGAAGACGAGAAGUCAGAAAAAUAUGCAGAAUCGAUUAGUUGCUCUGUGAAAUCCGUCGUAUCGUUCGUAUUGUCUUCACAAUCUUAGUAUUAAUUCUUAGGUGUUUACUUUGGUUAUUCUAGGCUCUUCAUUCUCUAUUUUUUAUCUUCUUCUUUCUAUCUCUAUUUAUUUCUAUCUUUCGUUCAUCUUUGAUCAUUUACUCUUUUAUCAUUUCUCUUUCUUUCUUUCUUUUUUUCAUCAUUUGGGGUGCCUUCACCUCUUAAAAAUCCAACAGACAUGACUGUGCUACCUUAUCCUUUUAUCAUGACUUUGACUCUCUACGCAUUAUGACGCCAGAAUGACGAACAUUCGAUAUAUACUUUAUCUCUUUUUACAUGAGAUGUUGUAUUUGUUUUACUAUUUUUUUUUUCUAUUAUUACACGUGACAUCCUUAUCACAAUAAGAAGACAUUAGAGAUCUUUCUUAUAUUAUUUUCUGAUAUCUCAAGAAUUCUAUAUUGAAUAUCUAUUGAAAGAGAUUCAUAAGAUAGUUAUACCGAAUACGAUAGACGUUAUCAAGACCAAGGAUGUAUACCCGACCAAAAGGCAAGAAACGGAAGACAAAGUUAAAUCGUGUCUAUGAGUAUCCAAAGUAACGAAUAUCGCUUGCUAGUAUUUAUUUUUUUACCAUUAAUUUAUUUCACUCCUUCAUUAUUGACAGUGCAAAUGUAUCAUAACGUUAUGUUUAAUAUUCUUUGUUGUAUAAAUAAAUAUUUAUUGUUUUUAUAAUAUAAUGAUUUAUUCGUAAUGUUAUCGUUUAAUU